AUGGCUCGCAGCGGCAGCGGCGGCAGCAGCCCCAAACCACCCGCCUCCCCCAACGCCUCCUCCGCGCCCGACCUCUCCAUCCUCGGCGACCAAGUGUCUCUGCACCCCACCGGCUUCACAGGCACAACGCCCGACCUCUCCUCCUCCACCACCUCGCUCCUCCCCAGCGGCACGCAACCCUACACCCCACAAUCGCUCCAAGCACAACAACAACACGAGUCGCCCGACCACAAUUUGGUCGAAGGCGUCGCGCGCUUCCGCCAAGCGCCCUUCGAGUUCCUGCGCGAACUCUCGUCGCACGUGUCGGGCCACGGCUGGCGCAGCUACGACAACGUCGUGGGGCAGCCCGUCUUCUACGCCGGCUUCUCGGAGCAGAUGAAGGCGCGCGUGACGGGGAACCCGAUGCUGAAGGCCAAGAUACGCGAGUUGGCGGCGCAGCGGGUUGAGGUGGAGGAUCGGGAGGAGGGGAGGUUUGGUGGGACGAGAGAAACGGGUGGUGGGGAAAAGGCGAGGAGGAGGGGCGCGAAGGAGAAGGAGAGGAGGAGGAGGGAGGUGCAGACGCAGUUGGAGGAGGUGGUGGAGGGGAUGACGGACGAUAUGAUUUGCAUCCACGUCAAUUCCGAAGAAGUCCUCCGGUUACGCGCUGUCGCCGAGAAGGCGGAGAGAGAUAAACACAGCAUCAUUUUUCUUCCUUGUCACCGCUCACAUGUCGACUACGUCUCAUUACAACUCAUCUGCUAUCGGUUGGGCCUGGCGCUGCCCACAGUCGUCGCGGGUGACAAUCUGAACUUUCCGCUUGUCGGACAGUUCCUGCAGCAUGCUGGCGCUUUCUGGAUCCGCAGAAGUUUUGGAGAUGACCAGUUGUAUCAAGCUGUUGUGCAAUCGUACAUGGAUGCUCUUUUGACACAUGGCUAUAACUUUGAAUGCUUCGUUGAGGGCGGCCGAUCACGAACCGGAAAGCUUCUCCCUCCCAAAUUCGGCAUCCUCAGCUUCCUCCUAGACAGCGUACUGUCCGGCCGCGUCGACGACGCCAUCAUCUGCCCCGUCAGCACCCAAUACGACAAGGUCAUCGAAGUAGACUCGUACAUCUCCGAGCUCCUCGGCCAACCCAAGCCGAAAGAAAACCUGCGCGACUUCCUCUCCGCCUCGUCCGUCCUCUCCCUCAAGCUCGGCCGCGUCGACGUGCGCUUCGCCGAACCCUGGUCGCUGCGCAGCUUCAUCAACGCGCAGCAGGCCCGCGCCUCGCGCCUGCCUCCAUCCAUCGGCCCCGCGCCCAACGGCAGCAACGGGUCCGAGGCCGAGAACAAGGAGUUCCGUCUGCGCCUGCUGCGCACCCUCGGCUACCGCGUGCUGUCGGAAAUCAAUGCCGUGUCGGUCGUCAUGCCGACGGCGCUGGUCGGCACGGUGCUGUUGACGCUGCGUGGGCGCGGGGUGGGGAAGAGCGAGUUGGUGCGGAGGGUGGAGUGGCUGGGGGAGCGGGUGAGGAAUGCCGGGGGGAGGGUGGCGCAUUUUGGGGGCGCGCCGACGGAGUAUGUGGUUGAGAGGGCGUUGGAUGUGCUGGGGCCCGGGCUGGUGGGGUCCGUGGCUGGGUUGCCGGAGGAGACGUUUUAUGCUGUUGAUCGCUUCCAACUCUCCUUCUACCGCAACAUGACGAUCCACCUCUUCAUCCUCCCGGCCCUCGUCUCGGCCGCCAUGUACACGCGCGUCAAGCAAGGCGGCGCGCCCUCGCACCAGCGCAUCUCGUACGCCGACCUGUAUGAGCAAGUGGCAUUCCUGUCGCAGCUCUUCCGCGGCGAGUUCAUCUUCCCGACCGAGGGCCUGGCCACCAACCUGGACAAGACGCUGCGCUCGCUCGAGGCCGACCGCGUCAUCAAGGUCACGCGGGUGGAGCGCGAGGACGCCAACGAGCAAGAAGGCGCUCCCGUGCAAUGGGUCGAGCUGAGCGACGAGGAGCGCGAGCGCGGCCGCGAGAACUACGACUUCUACUGCUUCAUGAUCUGGCCCUUCGUCGAGGCCAGCUGGCUUGGCGCCGUGAGCUUGAUGAUGCUCACACCACCACCUCCCGAGAAAUCCAAAACCAAAGAUACCACCGCUACGACGACCACCAACAACAACAACCCCUGGCUCGACCAAAAGAAAGUCCAGGACCGCGCCCAGCUCCUCGGCAAAACCCUCUACCACCAGGGCGACCUCUCCUACUUCGAAGCCGUCAACAAAGAAACCCUCAAAAACGCCUACACCCGCUUCGAGGAAGACGGCAUCAUCGCCGUCUCCCGCUCGCGCGACAGCCGCGUCCCGCCCACCCUCCGCCUCGCCGACGACUGGGUGCCCUUGCGCGACCCGGCCACCGGGCACAUCCUGCCCAAAGGCCGUCUGUGGGAUUUCGCGGAGAUGAUCAGCCAGAGCCGUCGUGAGGGGAAGAAUCGGAGGGAUGGGAAGACGGUGGUCGGGAGGGUGUUGGGCUUGGUCGAGAAGGUGGGGGCGCAGUUGUUUGUGGAUGGCGCGGUGGCGGGGAGUACGAAGGUGUUGGAGGGAGCGAAGGUGGCCGAGGUGGGCGUGUCGGCGAAGCAGAAGGGGGAGGCGUUGGAGAGGGCCGAGGAGGAGGCGGCGGCGGUGGCGGAGUCGGAGAGGAGGAAGAGGCGGAGGAAGAGUAUUCAGACGAGGGCGAGGUUGUAG